UUCCCAUGCAAACGGAGGCAGAGUGUUUUUGUACUGGAGAAGGAAGAGACACAGGCCAAGUCCUCAUCCAGGUUCAAUCUUCUGAGUCCUGGGAGUGGGAGAGCCCAGAUCCCAUGUUCCCCUGCCGCCCCUUUCCAUGCAUGUAACAGAUGGGGGGAAAGCAGAGCUCCAGACCAGCUGUGUUGCCCCCAGGAAUAACUCCAGGAUCCCCAGGAAGGAGGAGGGGAUCUGGGGGAGCCCUUCACGCCCCAUUUCCUGGGAAGAGCCCCUGAGUGGGGGGAGAGGGAGAGUUUGCAUUGCAAAUCUCAAGCAGGAAAGAAGAAAAGCUUUGAAGGAAGGAGAUGCCAAAGAUUGUGUCUGCAUUCUCACCACGUGCUGGAUGGGGCUAAAAUGGGGUUGGAGCCUCUGCAGUUCAACAUGUCUUAGGAGGAUACACAAGCUGGAAGCCAUUUGUAUGUCUCACAUAUAGACAAAAUUAUCUCUUGGGCAAAGAGGGCUGAAUGGCUUGCUGAGGUCACCCCUGCAGCUACAGGAACAGUCCUAUGAAUGAAAAGGUGUUUGGAGUUUCACAAGAUUCAAUGGACCCAUUUGGAGUUGCUUUGCAGGACAGAGAAAGAAUGGAGACACAACCUUUAGCAAGUGAGGGGACUGGAGAAGGCCCUUCUGCUGUUCAGCCUGGCAGGUGUGGGGAGACCUGGGCAAGAAGUGGGCAGAAGAUCCUGGAGGAGGAAACCAUCUGUUCAGAAGUUCAGCCACAGAACUUCAGGAGCAUUCAAUACCAAGAGGCUGAGGGUCCCCGAGGACUUUGCAGCCGUCUCCACUACUUUUGUAGUCGAUGGCUGAGACCAGAAAAGAACACAAAAGCGCAAAUGCUGGACUUGGUUGUUCUGGAGCAGUUCCUGGCCCUUCUGCCCUUGCAGAUGGAGAGCUGGGUCCGGGAGUGUGGAGCAGAGACCACCUCCCAGGCGGUGGCCUUGGUGGAAGGCUUCCUCCUGAGCGAGGCGGAGGAGCAGAAGGAGCAAGUCGAGUUGAAGUCCUUCACUGUGGAGAUCAGAGAUCCUGAGGGAAGGAGAAAUCCCUCAAAUCCCCCUCAAGAGCUGGUCUUCAGGAGAAUCUCUCAGGAAGAUCCAAGUCAGGACAGCUCAGGAGGGAAGAGUAGAACGAAGUUGACUCCUUCUUAUGGUGGAGCUGAAACAGGGGUUGAACCUCCAACUCAAGAGGGUCUUGUGUCCUUCGAGGAGGUGGCUGUGUAUUUCUCCGAAGAGGAGUGGUCCCAACUGGAUCCUCCCCAAAAGGUGCUGCAUUGGGAAGUCAUGCUGGAAAAUAGUAGGACCGUGGCCUCCCUGGGUAAGGGUUUGCUACUCUCCUGUCAGAGAGUUCAAGAAGACAUUUUGUAGUCA